ACUAGUUUAUUGUUGUAACGCAUUUUUUUCUACAUCAGUUUCUGUUCAGAGAUGGGUACUGUUGGUGAUAAUUGGGAUGAUGAAUAUUCUGUCAUUGGAGAUAAGGGUGAAGUUGGUUUUAUUGAUUAUGAAGAUGAUAAAUCUGUGCGUGAUUACAACCCAACUGAAGAGGGUCCUCUUGUUGUUUCUGUACCAUUCCCUUUUGUUAAUGGGAAACCUCAAUCAAUAUUAGUUGGAGAAACUGCAGCAGAUUCAAUUACCCUAACAAACACCACUGAUGAACCAAUGGAUCUGUGGACUAGAAUUUAUGCUUCAACUCCUGAGAAUUCUUUCACACUUUCUUUGAUCAGACCGCCAACAGCAAAUUCUGAGGGGAAUACAAACCGAGGUUUUGUUGAAUCCUUUACAUUAGAGGACAGGAUGCUCCAGCCAGGAGAUACACUAACUAUUUGGUUGUCUUGCAAGCCUCAAGGAAUUGGAUUGCACACAACUAUAGUACAUUUUGAUGUGGGGGCUGAUAGGAUUGAAAGAGUUGUUUUUGUUGUUGCUGAUGAUAACAUCUCACAAUAUUUGGCUCCUCAAAAGGCAUAUUCAAGAGGAAUGAAGAAGAAGAAGCAAUUUAUCGUGGAUAAAUUUGUUGAGGGAUCUCGGCCAGCACAGGGAAGAAAUCAAGGGUUCAAAAACAAGCUUCCUUGGUAUGGCAUUCCAAAAGAUAUUAGGGAAUUGGUUGAGAGCAAGCAGAUUCCAGAUGCUGUUAGGGAAGGUUUAACAAGGAGGAACUAUACAUCAUACUUCAAAACUUUAUUGAACAUGGAAGAGAUACAAUUAGAGGAAGACAUGAGAACUUAUGACAUGGGCAAGGUUACAAUGAGGAAGAAAGGAAAGUUUUUAUCUCUUCAGGUCCCUGGGCUUGCUGAAAGAAGGCCUUCACUUGUCCAUGGAGAUUACAUCUUUGCUAAGCAUGCAUUUGAAGAUGCAAGUGAAACAUCUUCACCUUACCAGGGUUAUAUUCACCGUGUGGAGGCUGAUGAAGUGUAUUUGAAAUUUGCCUCAGAAUUUCAUUUGCGCCAUAGAGAUGAAAAUCUUUAUAAUGUACAGUUCACAUAUAACCGAAUCAAUAUGAGAAGGCAAUACCAGGCCAUUGAAGCAGCAGAAAGGUUAGACCUAGAUUUCUUUUUCCCGUCUGAAUCCCCUAAAAGUAGGCUGAUUGAAACCACUCCUCUAGUGCCCAUCUCAUGCAAGCUUAAUGAGGAGCAGAUGUGUUCUAUUGAGCUGAUCCUUGGCUGUAAAGGAGGACCCCCUUAUGUCAUCUAUGGGCCCCCAGGUACUGGAAAGACCAUGACAAUUGUGGAAGCAAUUCUCCAACUCUACAUGACUAGAAAACAUGGUCGGAUUCUUGUUUGUGCUCCUUCAAAUAGUGCAGCAGAUAACAUACUAGAAAAACUCCUAAAUGAGAAGGCAGUGCAACUCAAAGAAAAUGAAAUAUUCAGGCUCAAUGCAGCAACGCGCUCAUAUGAGGAAGUCAACCCUGAUCAUAUCCGCUUUUGCUUCUUUGACGAGCUUGUCUUCAAAUGUCCCCCACUUAAUGCUCUCUCUUGCUAUAAGAUCAUCAUAUCAACUUAUAUGAGUGCAUCUCUUCUUUAUGCUGAAGGCAUCAAGCGCGGUCAUUUCUCUCACGUCUUUUUAGAUGAGGCUGGUCAAGCCUCAGAACCAGAGAGCUUAAUCCCCCUUGCUAACCUUUGUAGAAGGGACACAGUUGCUGUACUUGCUGGAGACCCAAUGCAAUUAGGUCCCGUGAUAUACUCCAAAGAAGCAAGUCAUGGACUAGGGAAAUCAUACUUGGAAAGGCUAGUUGAGUUUGAAUCCUAUUUCAAUGGGAAUGAAAAUUAUGUCACAAAACUGGUUAGAAACUACCGGUGUCACCCAGAGAUUCUUCAUCUCCCUUCAACCCUUUUCUAUAAUGGGGAGCUGAUCCCAUGUUGUGAUGAGAGGGAAGGAAAUAAUCCAUCAUGGUUCAAUCGGAUUGAAGCAAGUAAGGUGGUAGAGUUCACAAGGAGUUUGACAGCAAGUGGAAAUCUGACUGAGGAAGAUAUUGGCGUCAUAACACCAUACAGGCAACAAGUCCUCAAAAUAAAGAAAGCCUUUGAAAGUCUUGAAAUGUUUGACAUCAAGGUUGGAAGUGUUGAACAGUUUCAAGGACAAGAAAGAAGAGUUAUAAUCAUCUCUACUGUCCGAUCAACAAUCAAGCAUAAUGACUUUGACAGUAACUAUUGUUUGGGAUUUUUGAGCAAUCCAAGAAGGUUUAACGUUUCUAUUACCCGUGCAAUAUCAUUGCUUGUUAUUGUUGGGAACCCGCACAUACUUGUCAAGGAUGAUCACUGGAGCAAGCUCUUAUGGCAUUGUUCUGACAACAGCUCUUAUCAGGGCUGUGAUCUCCCUCAACGACAGGAGUCUAUUGAUGAUUUUCCAGCACAGGAAGGCCAUGUGAACCCUGAAGAAAACGUCACUCAAUGUGCUACAGAUGCCAACAAUCUCCCUCAGGGACAGGAGUGCAUUGAUGAUUUUCAAACAUGGGAAGGCUAUGUGAACCCUGAAGAAAACAUCAUUCAAUCUACUACAGAUGCUAAAUGGGAUCAAGACUCAUUUCCGAGAGACAUACUUAACCCUGUUACAAGUAAAUUUGAGUGGCCUGAAGAUGAUGGGUGGAAUUGAAGCAUUACUGGGACAACAUCCCCUCGCUUCUCCAUACCCCUUCUACUCUUCUGCCUUCUUGGCCCUCUGACUAUCUUGGCUUAGCUAUUUUCUGCCUUUCUUGAACCUUUGACUAUCUUGGAUUGCCUUUUUUUGAGAAUAACUUUGAUGAAUGAUU